CGCCUGCGCAAAUGCGCGCGCGGAAGGCCAGGCCUGGCGGACACAGGAAUUUUCGGGUUUUGGCUCGCACUUACGUGGGGCGCGGGCUUAAAGGCAUUGCAGUUAGCUGUCAGCAUGUUGCGCGUGGUGAGCUGGAACAUCAAUGGGAUUCGCAGCCCCGUGCAAGGGGUGGGAAACGAGGAGCCCAGCAAUUGUACCGCCAUGGCCAUGGGGCGCAUUUUGGACAAGCUGGAUGCUGACAUCGUCUGUCUUCAGGAGACCAAAGUAACCAGGGAUGUGCUGACAGAGCCCCUGGCUAUCAUUGAGGGCUGUAACUCCUAUUUCAGCUUCAGCCGCAACCGUAGUGGCUAUUCUGGUGUAGCCACCUUCUGUAAGGACAGUGCUACCCCAGUGGCUGCUGAAGAAGGCCUGAGUGGCCUACUUGCCACUCAGAAUGGGGACGUGGGUUGCUACGGAAACAUGGAUGACUUCACUCAAGAGGAGCUUCGAGCUCUGGAUAGUGAGGGCCGGGCCCUCCUCACACAACACAAGAUCUGCACAUGGGAAGGGAAGGAGAAGACCUUGACCCUAAUCAACGUGUACUGCCCCCAUGCGGACCCUGGGAAGCCUGAGCGGCUCGCCUUUAAGAUGCGCUUCUAUCGCUUGCUGCAGAUCCGAGCAGAAGCCCUCCUGGCAGCUGGCAGCCAUGUUAUCAUUCUGGGGGACCUGAAUACAGCUCACCGCCCCAUUGACCACUGGGAUGCAGUCAACCUGGAAUGCUUUCAAGAGGACCCAGGUCGCAAGUGGAUGGACCACUUCCUCAGUAACCUGGGGUGCCAGGCUGGUUCCCAUACGGGACCCUUCAUUGAUAGCUACCGAUGCUUCCAUCCAAAGCAGAAGGGGGCCUUCACCUGCUGGUCCACAGUCAGUGGCGCCCGCCAUCUGAACUAUGGCUCUCGGCUUGACUAUGUGCUGGGAGACAGGACCCUGGUCAUGGACACCUUUCAGGCCUCCUUCUUGCUGCCUGAGGUGAUGGGCUCUGACCACUGCCCCGUGGGUGCAGUCUUAAGCGUGUCUUCUGUGCCGGCAAAACAGUGCCCACCUCUGUGCACCCGCUUCCUCCCUGAGUUUGCAGGCACCCAGCUCAAGAUCCUUAGAUUCCUAGUUCGUCUCGAACAAGAUCCUGUGUUCAGGCAGUCAGCGCUGCAGCUCAGCAAUCAAACACCGGUACAGAUGCGCCAAAACAAAGCCCGUGUGCGCUCGACCAGGUCUCGGCCAAGUCAAGCUGGUUCCAGUAGAGGCCAAAAAAACCUGAUGAGCUACUUCCAGCCAUCCUCCAGUCGUCCCCAAGCUUCUUCUAACUUGGAGCUUCCUAGCCUGGGCACCCUCAUGACCUCAAAGACCUCAGAAGAGGAUGUGAUGGCCAAUGUGGUGGAGGGGCGGGCCAAGGCUUCAGAGGCCAAGGAUGAAAAGGAGGGCAGCAGGACGAUGUCAUAACCAGGCAAUUUCAUCUGUGGAGCAGAUUAUCAUCAUUAAUAGUAUAUUAACAUAAAUGGAAUCAUACUCUAUAAUGAUUUGCAAUUUCCUUUUUUUCUAUUUGACCACAUGGCAAUAUGCCAUGUAGUUCUUUCCAUAUAAAUUCUUUCUUUUUUGUGGAGUCAUACUAUUCAAGAAUCUGAAUGUUAACAUUAUUUAAACACUCACUUAUUAAUGGAAAUUUAAGUUACUUCCAGGGAUUUCCCCCAUCCAUUAUGAAUAAUGUUGCAAUAAAUAUCUUUGGGCUUAUGUGAGGAUAUUUUUUAUAUGGUAGAAUCCUAAAAAAACUCCUGGGUCAAAGGAUAUGUAGACAUUAAAAUUUUUGAUACUGCUAAUUUGCCCUAUACAUUUGCUAUACAUCCCCAAUAAUGGUGCAUAAGAGUGUGUGUGUCUGGUCUCUCAUAAACUUGCCAACACCAUUUAAAAAAUUUAAUUAAUUACUUAACUGAAAUAUACUUAAUUUACAAUAUUAUAACUAAUUUUUAUUAUUUCCUUCCUUCUGCUAACUUUGGAUUUAGUUUGCUAUUUUAAUUUCCUAUUUCCUUAAGGUGUAGAGUUAGGUUAUUGGUUUGAUAUAUUGUUUCUUUUUAAAAAUAUGUUUUUAUAACUAUAAAUCUCUGAGCACUGCCUUGCUGCAUCCCAUAUGUUUUGAUAGGUUGUAUUUUCAUUUUAAUCCAUUUCUAAGUAUUUUCUAAUUUCCCUUGUGAUGUAUUCUUUGACCUACUGAUUGUUUAAUAGUGUGUUGUUCCAUUUCCACAUACUUGUGAAUUUUCCAGUUUCACUUGUUAUUGAUUUUCAGUUUCAUUCCUUUGUCACCACAAAAGAUAUUUCGUAAGAUUUUAUUCUUUUUAAAUUAACUGAGACUUGGGGCUCAAUUUAUGGUGUAUCCUGGAGAAUGCUCCAUGUGCACUUGAGAAAAAUAUGUAUUCUGCUAUUGCCAGAAGAGCAUUCUGUAUAUAUUAUUUGUUCUAGUUGGUUUAUAGUGUUUUGCAAGUUCUCUAUUAUUGAUCUUCUGUUUAUGGGUUGUUGUUCUACCCAUUACUGACAGUGGAGUAUUGAAGUAUAGAACUAUUAUUGUAGAACUAUUUCUCCCUUCUGUUUUGCCUGGUUUUGCUUCAUAUAUUUUGUGAUGGUCUUGUUAGUUGUGUGUAUGUUUAUAAUUAUAGCUCCUUGGUGAAUUGACCUUUUAAUCAAUAUGUAAUGUCCUUCUUUGUACCUUGAAACACAUUUUGAAUUAAAAUCUGUUUAGUAUGA